UGCUAGCACACCAUUGGAUUGGUGUCAGUUGGAGAAUAUGGGGGAAAUGGUGGGCAACGCUACUUUGUAUUUGCUUUGUGGUCACUACAAGAAUUUGAAUGAUCCAGAGUAUGUUGGUCUGUUCACUUUGGAUUUGGAAGGGUUGAGGUUUGAAUUAAAGCAGACUUGGCCAUGGGAUGAGCGGCUACACAGGAAUCAUGGUUUAUGUGUUUCCUGCCAUGGUCGGACAGGUGUGUUGUGCUGCACUCAAUUCAAAAACAGCAUGCAGCUAUGGUAUAUGCAAGGAGAAACAGGUGGUGAUGUUGGAGGUGAAAAUCUGGCUAAAGGUGUUGAUAAAGACUUCUCCUCCACAAAUAAAACAGCUCCAUUCAAACAAAUAGCAUUGGAUUCUUUACCAACACCUUUAGCCAGAUUUUCACCUCCAACAUCACCACCUAUUUCUCCUUGCAUAUACCAUAGCUGCAUGCUAUUUUUGAAUUGCGUGCAGCACAACACACCUGUCCGACCAUGGCAGGAAACAAAUAAACCAUGGUUCCUGUGUAGCUGCUCAUCCCAUGGCCAAGUCUGCUUUAAUUCAAACCUCAACCUUAAUUCCAAAUCCAAAGUGAACAGACUGACAUACUCUGGAUCAUUCAAAUUCUUGUAGUGACCACAAAGCAAAUACAAAGUAGCGUUGCCCACCAUUUCCCCCAUAUUCUCCAACUGACACCAUCCCAAUGGUGUGCUAGCAGCCCUCCAGCAGCUCUCCCAGUCUCGAGUUGUAUACAUGAGGUGUUGUAAACACUGUGUAGACACUUCUCACUUUACCUCUGAUCUCAACUUUUUUUUCUUCACAAGAACGACUUUUUACAAAGCAGACUGUGUAUUCCCUGAAGUCUUGACUGAUGCCCAUGUAAGAGGAUGAAAUCAGCCCUUUAGCCCUGAGAUCUGGCAACGCUCUAAAGCAUCCAGUGACUGGAUUGCCUACUAGGACCUGGUUCCCUUUCAAAAAGCAGAGCAAUCCACCAGCACUUCCUAUAAGAAACCCCCCCUGUGGGCACACUUCCAUCUCAAUCCAGUUAAAGGCGUAAAUGAGUUGCCCCUGAACAUCCUUCCGCACAACGUGCCUGCAAGAACAUAAGGAACAGCUGCUGGAAUGCUUGCCUGUGCGUGCCGCACGCCAAAGCCUGGGGAGUCGAUCAAUUCCCGCCACCGUUUGCACACUGCUUUCAUCCGCCAGACAUCGCGCAGCGGCAGCUGCUGCAACACCUCUUCCUCAAUCUCUUGGUUCAUUUGCAACCCUAA